AUGGCGACGAGCAUAGGGACGAUGGACGGCGCCUACUUCGUGGGGAGGAACGAAAUCUUGUCCUGGAUCAACGCUACGCUGCAACUCAACCUUUCCAGGGUCGAAGAGGUAGGUGGUGAUGUCGAAGAGCUCCUCCAUCCUCCCCUAUUUUUUUGAGUGUAUCUCUUUAGCCGUCUCCCCCGUUUUUUAUUGUGGUACUUUUGAAAGAUAAGAGUUGCCUGGUUUAAGUUUUUAAUUUCGGAAUGUUCGUUCUUUACAAGGUUGUUUUUAUAUCUUUCAUCGCAGUAAGAUGCGCUCUAGCUUCCUAGGUUCACCUUGCCUUUUCACGUUUUUAUGCUUUCCAUGCGAUGAGUGCCUGCAUAUCUCUACUGCUCUUUUAUGGUCCUCAUUUAAGGAUUACUUUUUCUGACUUGCCCUGUUUCUCAAACAAUCCAUCAGUUUGUGGUUUUUUUAAUAAAAUAAUCAUUACAGAGACGAGCGUAAAUGCAAUGGUUCAGAUUGAAGUUAAUUUUCUGUUUGCUGGAGUGACAGUCUUUUGAUGGAUCAAUUGUGAUAUGCUUCUCACUGUCCAUUUUUAAUGUGAUUCAAGGAAUGGAGAAAAUGCAGAACGUGCAAUGAAAUUGUUCAAGAACAUGGAUAAAAUAAUCUUUAGCUUCGUACUCCUUCUUUUGCUUGUUAGACUUAUCUACAACCUGCAACAUGUGUCAAAUAUUUUUUGCGGUUCAUCUUUCACCAUAGUCAAAAUUUCAAUAAUACCCACUCAGUGGCCUUUGGGAUACGAGGACUCAAGUUCCCAUGCAGAUUUUCCCCUUCGGAUUCAUUAACUAUUUCGCACUUCUUGAUUUCCCCUUUGGCGACCAUGAAACGAUGAAAACUAGGACAUUUAUGUUUUCAAUCACUUCGUACCAGGAAAUCAGACGAUUUCAAGAAGACUACACUUAGUCAUCACCAUUUUUAGAAUGCCAGUAGUAAUCGUGAAUUAGUUUUUUUAGGCUGCUUCUGGUGCUGUGCAAUGUCAAAUGAUGGAUGUGACUCACCCUGGGGUUGUUCCAAUGCACAAAGUAAGUAUCAUUUUAUCCUUUUUUUCUUAUAUUUUACUUGUAGAAACGUCUCUUGUAUGCAAUGCUGAAUUUGCGUUUGUCUUUUUCAGGUUAAUUUUGAUGCAAAGACUGAAUAUGAUAUGAUCCAAAAUUAUAAAGUUCUCCAAGAGGUGUUCACCAAGUUGGGUAUAGAGAAGGUAAAUAUUAUCAUAUAUCUUAGCCGAUGGGCUGCUUAACGCUGCUUACUGCCCAUAAAACAUUAGAAAAAUGACAGAUAGUUAGUUUGUGCUAUAAUAUCAUUCACAUCAGCUUACAAGAAUGAAUCUUGUAUCAUCCACUAACCAAUGAAUAAUACAAUACCAUCUACUGGCCUUAUUUGAUACCUUGAGUUCAUUUUCCCUUUUGUGCUUAUAUCAAUGAGAGUGUGUGAAUGAAUUCUCUCAUUAUUUUUGGAUCUUCAAUGGGUUCUUCUCACAAAUAUUGAGGUUGAGGGGGUUUGCAUGUCGUAGGUACACUCAGUUACGAGUUAGGGCUAUGUGUCUUCCUUUUUACACCAGUUGUGACAUGCGGCCAUAUUAACUGUGAAUAAUUUCAUUGGAGCUUCCUGUAAGCCAAGGAGAAAGGGGUUAAGUUACUUGCUUAGCAUAGAGUAACCAGUGGCGGGGUAUAAUAGAAAGAGACAAUGCAAAGGCUAACCUAUUCUUUUUGGCUUCCUCGAUUUUUAUUAAUUUCACUUCCAUUUCUCUAUGUUUUCCUAUCUUAUGAAGUUUAGUACCUUAUCCACAAUUUAUGAAUUUCAAUUAUUCUGCACUGCAUGUACACCAGUAUUUCAUGAAUAUUUUGAUCUUCCAUGGCUUUUGUUCUCAUUCCCUUUAUGUGGCAUUGAUCAUCUGAUUACUCAUUACUUAUCGUAGGCACCUCUCUGAAGCAAUGCUAUUGAUAUAAAAUCUAACCAUAUUUCUCUAAUGCUUGAUUUGACCUCUUUCUUCAUAAACUUGUCAGCGGAUUGAAGUCAAUAAACUAGUUAAAGGGAGACCAUUGGACAACUUGGAGUUUCUACAAUGGUUGAAACGCUAUUGUGAUUCUAUAAAUGGCGGAAUCAUGAAUGAGUACAUAUCCUUAUUUCUUGUGGGACUUUUUAUUAGCUUUCUAUUGAUUCUGGGUCUGUAGAGUUCACGUUGUACUGUUCAUUUUUGUAACUUAGCUUUUAACAUUACUGAUUGAUGUAUGCUUUAUGGAUUCUAGGAACUAUAACCCUGUGGAACGAAGAUGCAAGGUUGGGAAAGAGAAGAAUUCAAGGGCCUCUCAGAGAUCGUCAAAAACUUUGCAAUCAAAUAACUCACCACGAGUUUCAGUAGACAGUAGAUCCCUAUAUCCUCACUUGAGCUGCUGUGCCUUUUCUUCCUCAUCAACCAUGAAAUUUACUAAAUUGUCAACUUUACUCUGUUUUUUUUUUUUGUGUAGGUCCCAUUCAAGUAAAAGUAUGCUCAUAUCCUAAUGCAGAAAAUCUUAAUCUUCGAGAAGAGAUAAAAAUUCUGAAUGAGAAGGUAUUAAUGUAGGAUUUGGGGAAAGGUCUUUUCUUGUUGAAUUGAUGAAAUUUAGUCGCAUCAAUUUGCCAUUCCAUCAUUAAACACUUACUCAUUUUUCAAGCUAGCAUAUUAGAGGAAAACCAUUUAGAUGAUGUUUUUCUGGUUUGUGACACUAUGGCUUGUAGUUUUGCCUUCUUUAUGUUCAUUUAGAACCAGUCCAAUAUCUUGGAGACCCUUUCAGGAUGAUCAUCCCGUCAAUUUUUGUAGUCUUCAAGCCUAGCCAUCAAUUUUUGCAGUGAGAAGAGACUGGAAAAGUUGUUGAAAAAGAACCCUAGAGUUAUACCCUUUUUCUCAUCUACUCCCACUAGAGAGAUCAAGUUCCAUUAUUAUUCAGGCUGAGGAAGCAUUUCCUUUUUCAUGCUAAUUUUGACUUAUACUACUGUUUUAUUUUUUGGCAUGCUGUACGUAUUUCCAGGAAAAUUUGGCCGACUUAAAGUUUGAUUGGUGGAGAGAGUUUCAAUAUCUUGGAUUAUAUCUAACGAAAUUCUAUUUUGUUGAGCUUUGUUUUUGUUCAGAUUAUGGAUCUCAAGCUUUCAAUAGACAACACAGAGAAAGAAAGAGACUUCUACUUCUCAAAACUGCGUGACAUUGAAGUUCUUUGCCAAAGACCUGAGUUGGAGCACCUACCGGUAUGAACCUUCUUUUUAAGAAAAAAUAAAUCCAUGCUGGCCCCAAACAUCAACGCCAUUGGGAGUUUUUUCUUUUUGGGAGGUGAAUGUAUGAUGUGUAGUUCCUGCAGUUUGGUUCACUUUUUGAGCUCAGCGUACAUGAACUUAUUGUUUAUUCGCUGAUCUCCACGUCAGUGUAAGCCCCAUUUCAUUUUCAAUCUUCGACCCCCAAUUUUCCUGUGUUAAAGGACAAUCUUUUGAUUUCUCGAGUCUUGGACCAUGUAAAAGGGAAGCAUGUUGCUUAUCCUUGCCUGGCCCGUCUCGAGGGUUAGCUCUCCAUCCUCCGGUGGGUCCCACCCCAGUCUUCUCCUCGCCUUUCUCCAUUUAACCGGACUAUCAUUUUUUUUCCUGCAAUUGAUUGUUAUUUCCUUCCAGUGAAGUUUUUUGACGUUCUAUAAAGCUAAAUGGUGGCAGCAAUCCUGCAUGGUUAUUUUGAGCAUCAUUUCACGUUCCCUUUUGGAAAUAAAGAAUCUGUGCCCGAUUUCACAAUUAGUACUUUUAUUGGUCAAGUUAUUCUUUUCUUCCCACAUCUGGCAGAUGACAAAGGCCGUCCGGAAUAUUCUAUAUGCCGUCGACACCAAAGAUUCACACAAUGCUGAGUGUCAAGAACUGCAAUAG